UUCUGCUAUCCCCUGGAGGAUGCUAAAAUGCUUUAUCUUUGGAGCUCAGGAAUCUUUUUAGGACAGAAGGGUAAAUGCAUUUAAGGAGAAAAUAAUAUCUUAAAUAAUAAUAUAUCUUAAAUAAAUAUUUAAAAAUAUAUAAAAUAAUAUCUUAAAUAAUAAUAAAAAUAAUAAAAGUUUUAGAUAGACCUAAACUAACCUAUAUACUGUACCUCACCUACGUCACUAAUCCACCAUAUGUUAUGAAUGAAUGUUUUACCUGAACUGUUUGCUUUUUCAGGCCUGGUCUUUGCCCCAUCCCUUCUGGUACUUUGUACAGAAUCUUUGUGAUGGUUAUCUGUAAAUAACCUUUGUUUUGUAACUUAGAACUAGUGAGCCUGCAUUCAAUGAAGAAAUUAUGAUUUCAAUUCAUUAUUUGAAUUGACUGCUUAAUCUUAAGACCUGAAAUAGAGUUUGUGUGUGUGUGUCUGUGUGAUGUCACAGUAAAGGAGUCUCAGUCGGGACUGUGAAUGUGAGUGAUGUCACAGUAAAGGAAUCUCACUCGGGACUGUGAAUGUGAGUGAUGUGACAAUAAAAGAGUCUCACUUGGGACUCUGAAUGUGAGUCACAGUAACAGCGGCUUUGUGAAUGUUCACAAUAUGGGCCAUGUCACGUGACCCCUGGAUGAUCCUUCCUGGUAAAUCCUCUUCCAAACUGUGACAACUUCCUGUUUGGGUCAGCCACUUCCUGUGGGGUUCAAUGUGACCUUGUGACCGGCAGGAUUUCCUCACAUUGUCAGGCUGCAUUCUGAUUCGCAAAGCUGUCAUGUGACAUGUCACACGCUGCAUCGCGUGAUCAUAAAAAACUACUACGGACAAAAGUGUUUAAAAAUUUUUAUGGUGGUGCGGCAAUGUGCUGUGUUGAAGGAAACAAGGUGUGGAAGGAGAAAUCUUAAGAGUGAGAGUUACAAUGGAGAAAAAGAGGGUAGUGUGUUGAAGCUUUAUUGCUUUUGCAGCGAUUGUGGCUCGUCAUUGCCCUCUAGUGUAAGAAUCAAUAACUGUUCAGAGGGUUUGACCACAGAGACAGGUGUGUGUGUGUGCUGAUGUGAAGGGUGUGUGUGUGUGUGUGUGUGUGUGAAUGAAUGAAUGUUGUUGCCAAACCAUCAACAACAUUUCUCUAUUCUUAUCUCCUGCCCACGCACAUUCUCCAUGCUGGAUAUGCUGAAUUUGGGGGAGGGGUUUCGCAGGGUGAGUAUAGCAGGUGAAUGAAAGAUGGACAGACAGCAAAGAGCAGAGGAAAACCUGGAAAAGGCAGAAAAGUAACUUUGUUUUUAUAAUGUCAUGAUACAGACAUUGUACUUCUCUUUGCAGAAGAUCUAAUUCUGUGGUAACCCACAGAACAACAGUCACCGCAGAAGCAGCUUCUUCUUGAGUGUUUCUGUCACACCUGGGCCCUGGCAGUAGAUCUGAAAAAGACCAAAAAAACAAAAACAACAACACUAUUUUCUGAAGAAACAUGAUGAGGCAAGAAAUAAUUUUACUUAGAUGUUUCAAUUGGCUCAUCUGGAUUAUUUAUCUGAAUGCCAGAAGGGCUUUUAAAUGGCAGUAAUGGCGGAAUACAAUUAGCAUGUUACAAAUAGAAUUUAGCUGAAGAUAUUUUAAUCAAUAAUUCAAGCAAUUACACUUCAUGUGUGUGGCCGCAAGGACGAAGCCGUCAACUUGAGCCAGCAGGUAGAACGAGGUCCCUCAGGAACAAUUCUUAUAAUCUACAUUCGGCUUUCAUCGUUCAUUCGGCUUCUAGAGAAUCUUCACCACAGAUAAGCAAUUAUUAACUGAGCCGAUCUGCAUCUACACCAACAUUUACCCGAUUGGACCUCUGAAACGUUGAAACAUAAUAUUGUUAAUUCAGUUCUAACACUCCAAAUGAUAAAUUCCCAUUUUUAAAACCCUGCUACGGCCACUGCUAAACGGAACUAUAAAACAAAUGCGAAAGUCGCCAGCACAGGAGUAUUGGUCGAACACGCGGUAUUCUUCGGAAACCUUCCCUUCGCGCACAAAUAAUGAAUUGUCCUGAUUUAAAACGAGUUAUCUGUAAAUGAUUUAUUAACACGGUAAAGGUGGCGCUUUUUUCCAUUAAUCACCUAAAGAUAAUUAAUUUCGGCGAUGGUGAACGGAAAUGCACCGAGCAACCACGCUCUGAUAGCCUACCUACAUCUUGCAAAUCCUUCAGCACUUCGGCAACAGUGGAUUUGCGUGUACGCACGCACCUCUCAUUUCCAACGUUUGCCUUCACGAACUUUGUUCCUGUAAACCACCAACAAAGCAUACUAAAGAACAAGCUUGACAAUUCUCAUCCCUUGGCGUACUCUAUUCAGGAACGGUUUGUGAGCGCUUGACACCUUUUUAAUUUUUGAAAAUACUUAACAUGAAUGCUACCGUCGAGCAAAACCGACGAUGGUCAGCGAGAUAUUGAUCAUCGUCACAGUUGUGAGCAUUACUUUGAAAUCUUCUGUGUUGUCAUAGGGGUUUUAGUGAGCUGCAGUGGCGUUCCUUGGCUUCAGCACGCGAAGGUGACCUCUUGGCGCAGUUCCUGCGCGCGUCUGGAUCCGUUCCUAUGACAACAGAAUUUUCCUCGUCUUUUCUCAUUGUUUCUCAGGGAUACGCGCGUAAUUCCAUUACCAGUUUGUGGUUUCAGAUUUACAUCUCGACUGCUCGGCCCAGAUGGCGAAGGCGGAUUUUGGAGCGGGACUGAAGGAGGUCGAGCCCACCUUCGACUGCAUGUUCAAGCUGCUGAUCAUCGGGAACAGCAGCGUGGGGAAGACUUCCUUCCUGUUCCGCUACGCGGACGACUCUUUCAGCCCCGCCUUCGUCAGCACCGUGGGCAUCGACUUCAAGGUCAAGACCGUCUACCGGGACACCAAGCGGAUCAAGCUCCAGAUCUGGGACACAGCAGGGCAGGAGCGGUAUCGGACCAUCACCACGGCCUACUACAGAGGAGCCAUGGGCUUCGUCCUCAUGUAUGACAUCACCAACGAGGAGUCCUUCAACGCCGUGCAGGACUGGGCCACUCAAAUAAAGACAUACUCAUUGGACAGUGCUCAGGUGAUCCUGGUUGGGAAUAAGUGUGACCGAGAGGGUGAGCGUGUAGUCACUCUGCUGAGGGGCAAGGGCCUGGCACAGCAGCUGGGGUUCGAGUACGUCGAGACGAGCGCCAAGGAGAACACAAACGUGCGACGGGUGUUCGACCGGCUGGUGGACGUCAUCCUCGCGAACGUGCCACAGGCCGGAGACGCUGAUCUGCCAAUCACCAGCGGCGCCAAGGCAACACGACUCACAGACCCACCCCCAGAGCCGCCCAAGAACUGCGCCUGCUGACCACAACCUCCCUCUGCCGACCCCUGACCUUUCAGCUCCUACCAAAACACGACAUGUCCCUGCUGGCUGAAUCACUCCCAGGUGACAAGAUGGCCGACCGCAGUCAGAACUGGGCACCAGGCUACAGGGCCCAUCACUGCACCAAAAACCAGUGCUUCAGCGUGCCUCCUUUGCGGGGGGAUAUUCUUUAUAUCUGGAGUGUUGUAUUUUAGUAUUUCAUUCUUGGACAUAAAUAACUCUUUACCUAUCACCAUAUACCUGUGGCUGCUGGAUUUUUUAUUUUGUUUUUUUUAAUAGAGAUAUGGAUCUAUUUUACUCUACCAACAAUUAUUAUUACAUUAUCAGUGCAUGUUGUGUCUCUGGAUAUUACCAAACAUUAAAUUACUUUAAUAACCUA